GCCCACACUUUAUAACUGAACUUAAUCAUGCUGUUGCUUCUACUACACAUGUUGUUAACCUAAGUUUUGUUGUUUAUAUAUAUUGUGUUGCAUUUGAAACCUGUUGGACAAGUUUGUGUACUCGAAAAUGAUGACUUCAAAACCUGCUAAGAUACUCAUUGGCAUCUCAUUAGGUUUAGACCCCAAUGACAGCAAGGAACUGUUGUCGUGGGCAAUCAGAGUUCUAGCUCGUCCAAAUGACACCAUUGUUGCCCUACAUGUUCUUGUUGGUGAGGAACAGAAGAAGAGUAAGUUGGUAAGAAAAGAUCAGGCAAAAUUUCGGCAGGCAAGAGCUCAUGUUAUAACUGUGCUUGGAGAAUUUGCUAGUACCUGCCAAUCUAAGCAGGUAAACUUGGAGGCAAAAGUAGGAGUUAACUCGAGUGUUAAAAGGGGUCUAAUUGAGGAAGCAAAGUCCAUCUCAGCUGAUUUUCUUCUUCUCCUUGGCUCCAGAAAGCGUUCAAAAGAAACAUCACAUAAAAUCACAUCAUACUGUUUGAAGCAUGCCCCUGAAGGCUGUGCAGUGGUAUCGAUCGGGAAGUCGAAGAACCAACAGCAAAACUCGACCCCAAAGUCGACACAUGUACAUUUUGAUGAAACUCAUCAAUGGAGCACAACGUCGUCUAACAAGAGUGACAACAGCGGCGAUGCGUCGGUCUCCCCUGUUCAAAAUCCCGUCGUCUCGAAGCUGUCACCAACGACUGUUCUAGAUGCACUUCAAGGAGAAUCAAAUAGCAUAGAAGAUGAUAGCUCUAGUUUCUGGGACUCGACAAUGUCUGGUUCCCCUCCUCAGCCACCAAAGUUUAAAGGGGAACCAUGCACAAGGAAACAGAUGUCACCUUACAGAUUCAUCUCAAUGGUAUUUAAGUCUCCACUGAGGAAAAGAAAGUCUAAUUUAUCCAAUAAAGAAAAGGAGCAGCCAUUGAUGAGGUGCUUUAGCUUUGAGGAGAUCUCAAAUGCUACAAACAACUUCCAUCCAGAUAAUAUAGUCGGUCGAGGCGGGUAUUCGGAAGUUUACAGGGGUGAUCUUUCGGAUGGGAGAGCUAUUGCAGUCAAGAUGUUGGCCAAGGACAACAAGGAUGAAAACAAAGAGAAAGAGUUCCUCACUGAAUUGGGCGUCAUUGGACAUGUUUGCCACCCGAAUACCGCGAAAUUAGUUGGCUGCUGCGUCGAAAAUGGACUUUAUUUGAUUUUCUACUUCUCUGAGAAAGGAACUCUGGCAACUGCCUUGCAUGGUAAAACAAGUGUGGUACUGGAUUGGCCUGUGAGAUACAAGAUUGCCCUUGGAGUUGCUAGAGGUCUUUAUUAUCUGCACAAAUGUUGCAAACACCGAAUCAUACACCGCGACAUAAAAGCCUCUAAUGUCCUUCUCGGAAUGGAUUACGAACCGCAGAUAACUGAUUUUGGGCUUGCCAAAUGGCUCCCUAACAAAUGGACUCACCAUGCUGUGAUCCCUAUAGAGGGAACAUUCGGGUACCUAGCACCGGAGUAUUUCAUGCACGGUAUUGUGGAUGAGAAAACAGAUGUUUUCGCCUUCGGGGUUCUUCUCCUCGAGAUCAUUACCGGUCGUCGGCCUGUGGAUUCCUCGAAGAAAAACCUCCUCUUAUGGGCAAAACCUAUUAUGGAAUCCGGGAACAUCAAUGAACUAGCCGAUCCGAAACUGAAAGGCAGAUACGACGAGGAUCAAAUGCAUAGAUCAGUUCUAACAGCUUCCUAUUGCGUGAGGCAAUCAGCGGUAUGGCGUCCAUCAAUGAGCGAGGUCUUGGAGCUUCUAAUGUCUGGCCAGGACUCUGAUGUUGCAAAAAGAUGGAGGAUGCCGAAGUUUACCUCCGCUGAGUUGGACGACUACUCGAUGGUUUUCGGUUAUGAGGUCCCGACAGACAUUUCCCUGGAGGAAUUCUUAUGAGUCGGUCCACACUAUUGUAUGCAGGGCAGCUUCAGAUGGCUGGAUAGAAUGUUGAGUUUCUUCUUUUGAACUUUACACGUACAUUUCAAUACUUGCUAGGGGUUCUUAUGU